AUGCUCGCUGCGGUGGGGCAACCGGUGCCUAACACACCUCACGCCGUCAGCGUAUCCUUGCCGUCAUGGAAAGCGACGGUGGGUUACGAGGAAGGCGAGGACUGGGUGCUCUCCAAGAUGCAGACUGGUUACCCACGGUUCUUCAUCCAUUUAACGAUCCAGGAGCUGGGAAACGAGAUUUUGAAGCUCUAUGGCAGAUCAGGAGAGGCAGUCAUGCUGUUCCCCUCGCUCGCCACCGCGAAGAGGUGCUUGAAGUUCUUCUACGACAAAGUCGAAGGCCUGGGAGUCGGGGUUGUCCACGUUCUGCAGUUGGAGCCGGUCAAUACCGGGAACAGAAGCCAUGCCACCACACUCUCGAGCCUGUCGUGUGUCUUCUUCCCCAAAGAAUAUUUCAGUGUGGCAAAGCAAGUGUGGCAGCACACGGGAGAUGGGAUCUCAAGCCGCAGAGGUGAAUUUUGCUUAAAGGCGUUGAGGGACGGGAUUCUCGAGCCAGUGACAACGCAACCACAGCCAAGACCGGAUGAUAUGUACACGAAGGGGCCUCGAAGAUACCAGCGUCCGGGAUCGCGGAACGGAAUCAUUCACGACAUCCCAUCCUCGAAUAAUGCCACGACAGAUCGAGCCGGCGCGGAUGGGGAAGACAGAGACCACACACAAUUCGUGGAGGAACGUUUCGGUCGCAAUCUCAACGUCAAGCUAGCCUCGCAGGCGAAACUGGCUAUCCGACGUAGAAUCAGCGGCUGCCUGACAGACGACGCAGAACUGGAACAAGCACUGACCAACUCACCAGACGGGUGCGCCGGACGACAAAAGGGACUCUCGGAAAACGACGUCUACCUGUACCCUUCUGGCAUGUCCUCGAUCUUCAACACACACCGCAUCCUCCUGGCCAAUGCUGAAGCAAAUGGCCAGCCACCCAGAAAGAGUGUAUGCUUCGGCUUUCCCUACAUCGACACCUUGAAAAUCCUGGAGAAGUGGGGCGCAGGAUGCCUCUUCUACGGCCAUGGCAGCGCCGCCUGUAUAGAUGACCUGGAUAGACGCCUUGACGCCGGUGAGAGGUUCUUGGCUCUCUUCACCGAGUUCCCAAGCAAUCCACUUCUCAACUCCGCUGAUCUUCAGCGCAUCCGCGUUCUUGCCGAUAAGUACGACUUCACCGUCGUUGUCGACGAGACGGUCGGCAACUUCACCAAUAUCGACGUCCUCAGCCGCGCAGAUAUCGUCGUAAGCAGCCUUACUAAGGUGUUCAGCGGCGACAGCAACGUGAUGGGCGGCAGUUGUGUGCUCAACCCGCAGAGCAAGUGGUAUCCUGAACUCAAGCAGGCCAUGUCCCGAGAGUACGAGGACAACUAUUGGGCCGAAGAUGCAGUGUUCAUGGAACGCAAUUCUCGCGACUUUAUCCGCCGAAGUGAGCGGAUCAAUCAGAAUGCAGAGGCUGUUGUGACGCUGUUGCAGCAAUGCCCGUUGGUCAAGCAGGUCUACUAUCCGAAGUGCAGCCCUAGUCGACCAAAUUAUGAUGCCUGCCGCAGCCCCAAUGGUGGCUAUGGCGGAUUGCUGUCCGUAACGUUCCAGCACCCGGAGCAGGCAGUCGCUUUCUUCGACGCCCUCGAGGUCCAGAAGGGCCCGAGUUUGGGUACAAAUUUCACGCUGGCGUGUCCUUAUACUGUGUUGGCUCACUACGCAGAGAUGGAGUGGACGGCACAAUGGGGCGUUGAGCCUGAUCUCGUUCGAUUAAGUGUUGGCUUGGAAGAGCCAGCAGAACUGGCGGACAAGGUAGACCGGGCAUUGAAAGCGGCGGAGAGAGUGCAGAUAUAG